AGCCAUCAUUUGUGAACGUGCCAGACAAGGAGCAGUUCAAGAAGAAAUAAGCCUACACACUCAAGCACGGAGAUCUCGACGUUUACUUGUUAUUAUUUGUUUAUUUAGCAACCGCAUUUAUUUCAUCAUAGUCUAGUGUGAUAAAGAAGCUUAGUUUUACCCUGUGAAAUGUCGACGCCAGCAAGAAGACGUUUAAUGCGAGAUUUUAAGAGACUGCAAGAAGAUCCUCCCACAGGUGUUAGUGGUGCACCAACUGACAAUAACAUCAUGAUUUGGAAUGCUGUGAUAUUUGGGCCCCAUGAUACCCCCUUUGAAGAUGGUACCUUCAAAUUGACCAUAGAAUUCACUGAAGAGUAUCCCAACAAACCUCCCACUGUGAGAUUUGUAUCAAAAAUGUUCCAUCCUAAUGUGUAUGCAGAUGGUAGCAUCUGUCUUGAUAUACUUCAGAAUCGGUGGAGUCCCACUUAUGAUGUGUCAGCCAUCCUUACAUCUAUACAGUCUCUCUUAAGUGAUCCAAAUCCGAAUUCUCCUGCAAACUCUAUGGCGGCUCAACUGUACAAAGAGAAUCGAAGAGAGUAUGAAAAGAGAGUGAAAGCCUGUGUGGAGCAAAGUUUUGUAGACUAGUGACCACCCCUUCAAAUUUGGCUAAAUGGAUUGAAGAUUUUGCUUAAAUGCAUAGUUUAUUAGUGAUUUUCCUUCUUCUGUGUUACCAAAAACUAAGACAAAAAUAUAAUUUAAAAAAAAGUGAGUGUCAAGAGCUACUGAAUCGAAUCGCGUGAAUUUGCUGGGAGCAAUUUUGGAACAUCAAUAUUUUUGUCAAGUGGAAGUGAACUUCUUUAUAGUAGAGUAUUUUACUGAGCUCACAAGAAAGAAGUUGAAAAAUGUGUGGAGAGGUUGUGCCAAUGAAAAAAACAAUCCUCCAUCAUCAUUACAUGGCUGGAGUUAACUGAAUUGAACCUUUGAAGUCAGAGUUCUAGAAGAUAGCAGGUAUCUGUGAUAGCUCCAAGUGUAACAGCCCUACUAGCCAAUGAUCCGUUUGCUUACUUAAAUUAUUGCUGUGUGUUUCCAUUGCUGCUCCCUUCCACUGUUCACUUUAAAAUGCUCUUACUUAGCCCAGCUCCCAUAGACUAAUCGUACUAAAAUUGCCAAUGCAAGUUAUAAUGAAAAAUUUCCUGUAAGUUUGUCUGUAUAUGAAAGUUUUGACUAAUUGGAAUCUAUGUUCAAUGCUCUGUAUCAUAUAAUGAUAAGAGUUAUAGCACAUGUAAAUUUAAUGCAAUGACGUUGAUAUCUGUUCUUAACAGUAUUGUGUCAUUGACUCACUCUGGAUCAGACCUUAAUUCCUUCCUAAUUAUUUUGAAAGGAGUUCUGUUCCAUGUGUGAGUUCUUGUUCUUUCUCAAUGUCUCUUGCCAUGGGCAUUUUACUAAACCCAACCACAACUUGCUUGGCACCAAAGAAAAUUUUCUUUAGUCUGGUUAUAGUGCCUUUCUCAAUGGAUCAGUCUGAGCUGGCUUUUGUUGAAGAGAACAGUGUAUCCUGUGCUAGCAAGUCUGCAAAGAAGGUCUUUCUUUUUUAUUAUUAUUAUUUUCUCUGAAGUGAUUUCCUUUUGGGAACGAGAGCCUGAUAAUUUUCAAUUUUAUGUGCAUCAUAGACUAAAGAUAUUAAGGAGGUGUGGAGGCGGCCUCAAUACUUGAGAAAUGUCUCGUGAUAAAUGUAAUUAUAUAUAGGUCUUAGCAUCUCUGAUGUGAUAAAGAGAGCUUUCAGUUCUUUGCCAGUUAAAAACAGAACCAACCAUGUAAAAAAGAAAAUCAAACCACCAUGGUGUAUGAAAGAAGACAGCUUGAAGGCAAGCUUGACUUUCUAAAUGCUUGCCUUCAAAUGUCUGUCCCUAAUUUUAACUUCAAGAUAAAUAUUCAUACCCAAGUACACCAGCUUAUUAUGGUUUAUUUUUUCUAUACUAUCAGUGUAAUCUGACUAGUUUCCUAACAAGUGUUUUUGUUUUCUUAAAUAUUUUGAUUCUGAGAAUUUGCCUUGAAAGGUUUUCAUUGACAAUUAAAUGCGUUGUAUAGAAAUGAAGUUGUGCACCGGUAUGAAGUUUUUAUUAAACUAUUAAGUUGUGAAAUGUAUGUAUAUUUCUAGUGUAUGAAUAAAUUCAUUAAGAACUAA